AUGUUGGGGACAGCGAUAUUGUUGGCUUUAGCCACUAUUGUGGCAGCUGAGCAGUCACACAUUACGCUCUACUACCACGAGAAUAUCGGUAUCCCUGAGGCAGCACGCAUCCGGCGUGCAGAGGAGGCUCAAGACUUCGAUGGCAGCCGCGUAGCUGGGGGCAGCCCCAUUGCGCUUGGUGACCACCCUUAUUUGGCAGGUCUUUUAAUUUCGUUAACAACUGGACAAACGUCUGUAUGCACCGCGUCGCUGGUGUCAAACACGCGGCUAGUGACGGCUGCGCACUGCUGGUGGGACGGUCGCCACCAGGGCUACCAGCUCACCGCCGUGCUUGCAUCCACCACACUCUUCUACGGCGGCACUCGUGUGACCUCCAACAACGUACAGAUGCACCCCAACUUCAAUACAAAUAAUCUCAACAACGAUAUCGCCGUCGUCGUCAUCCCUUGGGUAUCAUAUACCAGCACAAUCCAAGCAAUCAACCUGCCGAAUCAAAUGAUGCAACUACUAAACUUUGCCCACUACUUGGCUCAAGUCAUCGGGUAUGGAGUAACCAAUGAUUCGGAAGACAUAACGACGUCACAGAUCGCGCGACGCCUUACCGUGGAGAUCAUUCGCAAUGAGGCCUGCGCGACCGCGUACGGCUUCAACGUGAUCGCGUCUACGUUGUGCACGAGCGGACUGGGCAACGUGGGUCCCUGCGGCGGUGACUCAGGCGGUCCACUCGCCCUCAAUUUCAGCGGACAACGCUACCUCGUUGGUGUAGUGUCUUUCUACUCGGCAGCGGGCUGCCGCGUGGGAUUCCCCGGAGGCUACGCUCGAGUCACGUCCUUCACACCUUGGAUCCAGGCUAGACUCUAA